GGAUCCGGAUUCUCAUGGGUUGAUUUAAAUCCCCAUUUCCCAUUGGGAUCAACAAAGAACCCUAAUUUCUCGCCACUCACUGUCGACUGUCAUAAUUUGAGAGUGACUAAGCGAGAGAAGUUGCUUACAAGGAUUACUAGCUUCUCCACUCUGCCUCAUCUCGCCGGCUGCUGCCUUCCUCAAUCAGUUCUUAACUGAAGUUGGUGCUGUGCCUUCCAGGGAUAAAAAAUGGUAUUAACAUCUCAGACGACUCCAUCCCAUGGCAUUCGUACUGAGAUUUUACAAUGUAAAUCUGGAUCUGGUGCACUUUACUGUGGACCAAAUAACACCAAAGCAUUUAGAUACAGGACCUCUACUGUUGCCUUUCCAGGGGAUUCCUCAAAGACUACCCAAAAUAUGCAUGUACAUGCCAUUGGUGUAAAAUCCAAACGGGGAAGUCAAGUGAUUGUUGCUGCCAGUCCUCCCACAGAUGAUGCAGUCGUCGCUACAGAGCCACUAACAAAAGAAGAUCUUGUGGGAUACCUUGCUUCUGGGUGCAAGCCUAAGGAGAACUGGAGAAUAGGAACCGAACAUGAAAAGUUUGGUUUCGAGCUUAAAACAUUGCAUCCUAUGAAGUAUGAACAAAUUGCUGAUCUGCUCAAUGCUAUUUCUGAGAGAUUUGAUUGGGAGAAAAUCAUGGAAGGCGACAAUAUAAUUGGACUUAAACAGGGAAAACAAAGUAUAUCUCUGGAACCUGGUGGUCAAUUUGAACUUAGUGGUGCUCCUCUUGAAACUCUCCAUCAAACUUGUGCAGAAGUUAAUUCACACCUUUACCAGGUUAAAGCUGUUGCUGAAGAAAUGGGAAUAGGAUUCAUUGGAAUUGGUUUCCAGCCAAAAUGGGAACGAAAAGAUAUACCUAUAAUGCCCAAGGGAAGAUAUGAAAUUAUGCGGAAUUACAUGCCUAAAGUGGGUUCUCUUGGACUUGACAUGAUGUUCCGUACAUGUACCGUUCAGGUUAACCUGGACUUUUCGUCUGAAGCUGACAUGAUAAGAAAAUUCCGUGCUGGUCUUGCUUUACAACCUAUUGCUACUGCACUAUUUGCUAAUUCACCAUUUACAGAAGGAAAACCGAAUGGUUAUCUCAGCAUGAGGAGCCAAAUUUGGACGGACACUGAUAACAAUCGUGCUGGAAUGCUUCCCUUUGUCUUUGAUGAUUCUUUUGGGUUUGAGCAAUAUGUUGAAUAUGCUCUUGAUGUUCCUAUGUAUUUUGUCUAUCGGAAGCAUAAGUAUAUCGACUGCGCUGGAUUAUCCUUCAGGGACUUCCUUGCGGGAAGGCUUCCUCCGCUUCCAGGAGUGUAUCCAACUUUGAAUGAUUGGGAGAAUCACCUCACAACAAUAUUUCCUGAGGUGAGACUUAAAAGAUAUUUGGAAAUGAGGGGUGCUGAUGGAGGGCCAUGGAGGAGGUUAUGUGCAUUGCCCGCUUUUUGGGUGGGCAUAUUGUACGAUGAUGUUUCUCUGCAAAAUGUUUUGGACAUGACAGCUGAUUGGACUCAGGAAGAACGACAAAUGUUGAGAAAUAAGGUGCCUGUAAGUGGUCUGAAAACCCCAUUCCGUGAUGGAUUGUUGAAACAUGUUGCUGAAGAAGUUGUGAAGUUCGCAAAGGACGGCCUGGAGAGGAGAGGAUACAAGGAAACGGGAUUCUUAAAUGAAGUGGCAGAUGUUGUUAGAACAGGUUUAACACCAGCAGAGAAGCUCCUCGAUUUGUACCAUGGGAAAUGGGGACAAAAUGUGGAUCCCGUAUUUGAGGAACUGCUUUACUAAGAUGCCCAACUUCAUGUCCAUAUAUCCGAAUAAGAUGUGUCGUAUGGAAUUCAGCCAUCAUGGAAUUCGUGCCUGGUGUGAUCUUAAUGCAACAAGUGAUACCAGAUACAUUUAGUGAGUUAUACCAUUUAAGAUUUCUGAGGUUUACUUUGCUCCAAGAACCGUAAGAGUCCUUUGUACACCUGCAGAAUUUCUUUUAAGUGAUCUUAUGUAUUUGUGUUUCUUUCAAGAGAACCAUUCGAUUGUUUGAAUACCGAAUUGAAUCAGACUGAUCAUUUGGGUUAAAGGGCUGUAACCAGUUCACCAUCAUAUUGCAAACCAAUAAUAUCAUGUCCUGAU